CGCUUUUAGACCUCUGCCUGCCUAAUCACCUCCUGGAUGGACUGUAACAACUAAAGGUGUGACGAGAUCUCGUGCCACAUGAGAGUGGAAGCCUUUGUCUCCAUAUCAGCAUGACGGAGUGUGAGGGGGAAAUUUGCAUAGAAGACACUUUCAGAUCCCUCAGAUCAGCUACGCUUCCACCGCCCCGGAGCUAAGCGAUGAUCGGAGGUACGACUUCUUCUCUCGGGUGGUCCCUCCGGACAGUUUCCAGGCCCAGGCGAUGGUGGAUAUCGUCAAGGCCAUGGGCUGGAACUACGUCUCCACUGUGGCCUCAGAGGGCAGCUAUGGGGAGAAGGGGGUGGACGCCUUCAUGCAGCUCUCCAGGGAAGCAGGAGGAAUCUGCAUCGCUCAGUCGCUGAAGAUCCCUCAUGAACACAAAUCCUCCGACUUUGACAAAAUCAUCCGUCUGCUGCUGGACACUCGGUACGCCAGGGCAGUCGUCCUGUUCGCCUCUGAUGAGGAUAUCAGGGGGAUCCUGAAUGCCAGUAAGCGAGCGGACCAGGUCGGUCACUUCUUGUGGAUCGGCUCGGACAGCUGGGGGGCCAAGAACAGCCCCAUCCACCAGCUGGAGGACGCCGCUGUGGGAGCCGUCACCAUCCUGCCAAAGAGAGCCACCAUCAGCGGGUUCGACGCGUACUUCACGUCACGGACUCUGGAGAACAACAGGAGGAAUGUGUGGUUUGCCGAGUACUGGGAGGAGAACUUUAACUGCAAGCUGAUGAGCUCCUCCAAGAAAGACGAGAGCAGCAGAAAGUGUACAGGUCAGGAGCGUAUCGGGAUUGAUUCCAAGUAUGAGCAGGAGGGUAAGGUCCAGUUUGUGAUCGAUGCGGUGUACGCCAUGGCCCACGCCCUCCACAACAUGCAGAGGGACCUGUGCCCCGAGAGCUCCGGCAUCUGCCCGGAGAUGGACCUGGCGGGAGGGAAGAAACUGCUCAAGUACAUCCGCAGCGUCAGCUUCAACGGAAGUGCUGGUACCUCAGUGACAUUCAACCGUAAUGGCGACGCCCCUGGGCGCUACGAUCUGUUUCAGUACCAGUGGAACAACGCCACCGGGCCGGGCUACCGUGUGAUCGGCCAGUGGACGGAGACGCUGCUGCUCAACAUGGAGGACAUGCAGUGGCCUCGAGGGGAGCAGGACAUUCCCACCUCGGUGUGCAGCCUUCCCUGUAAAACCGGUGAGAGGAAAAAGGUGGUGAAAGGCAUGCCCUGCUGCUGGCACUGCGAGCCCUGCGACGGCUACCAGUACCAGUACGAUGAGUUCACCUGCAAGCUCUGCUCCUACAACAUGAGGCCCAAUGCCAACCGUACUUCGUGCCAGCCCAUUCCCAUCAUAAAACUGGAAUGGCACUCACCCUGGGCGGUGAUUCCAGUUUUCCUGGCAAUGCUCGGGAUCAUCGCUACAAUCUUUGUCAUGGCUACGUUCAUUCGGUACAACGAUACACCGAUUGUCCGAGCGUCCGGCAGGGAGCUGAGUUAUGUUCUCCUGACUGGGAUAUUUUUAUGUUAUAUAAUCACAUUCCUCAUGAUCGCCAAGCCGGAUGUUGGCGUGUGCUCGUUCAGAAGGAUUUUCCUGGGUUUGGGUAUGUGCAUCAGCUACGCGGCCCUCCUCACCAAAACCAACCGCAUCUACCGAAUCUUUGAGCAGGGCAAGAAGUCCGUGACGGCACCCAGGCUGAUCAGCCCCACCUCACAGCUGGCUAUCACCUCCAGCCUCAUCUCAGUCCAGCUGUUGGGGGUGUUUAUUUGGUUCGUGGUGGAUCCACCCAACACCAUCAUAGACUAUGACGAGCAGAAGACCUUUAACCCGGAUCUAGCACGAGGGGUGUUGAAAUGUGACAUCACAGAUCUUCAGAUUAUCUGUUCCUUGGGUUACAGUAUCUUACUGAUGGUGACGUGUACUGUUUACGCUAUAAAGACCCGCGGGGUCCCGGAGAAUUUUAAUGAGGCCAAGCCAAUCGGGUUCACCAUGUACACCACCUGCAUUGUAUGGCUGGCUUUUAUACCCAUUUUCUUUGGCACGGCGCAGUCUGCGGAAAAGCUUUACAUCCAGACGACCACACUGACCAUCUCCAUGAACCUGAGUGCGUCCGUGGCCCUCGGGAUGCUCUACAUGCCCAAAGUCUACGUCAUCAUCUUCCACCCGGAGCUCAACGUGCAGAAGAGGAAACGUUCCUUCAAAGCCGUCGUCACGGCCGCCACCAUGUCGUCCCGACUCUCCCACAAGGCCAGCGAGAGGCCCAACGGAGAGGCCAAGACGGAGCUGUGCGAGAACGUCGACGCCAACAGUCCGGCAGAAAAGAAGAAAUAUGUGAGCUACAACGACCUUGUGAUCUAACGGCAUUCCUCCAUCCGAACGAGAGGCUGAACAGGAGAAAGAGAGCGAUAGCUGGAGAUGUCUGGUCUCCUGCCCCGCUGGCUAAAAACAAGAAGAGGGAGAAAAACCCAGAAGGAAGGGGUAUUUUUUUUGUUUUUGUUUUGUUGUUGUUGUUAAAUUAUUUUAUUUUUUAUUCAGUCUCAUGUGCUUCAUUGCCCACUACAGACUUUCAGAUGCUAAAGCAAAACCUUGUGGGACUUUUCUUUGGGCACACUCGGUCAAAGAGAAGCAAGGAACUGUUUAAAAAAUAAAGACGUGGGGAUUUGGGGAAAAUUGUUCAGAAAAUUAAAAUAAUCUUUUUGUUCGUGAGGUGGUGGUGAUGGUGGUGCUGAGAACAAAUAGAUGCAUCAGUGGAAGUCUUUCAGCCUCUGGCUUGCGAAGAGUCGGCCGAGCUCUCCGGGCUCCCGUGUCGCGUCUCUCUCUGCUGUUGAUGUCAAACAAAGCAGCCGUCUCGGCCUGACGUGACCUUUGUACGGAGCCCGCCUCCUCUUGUCUUUUAAUGUCCUUCCAAACUGCAAGUUUCCAACCUUCCCGUCCACCCGCGUGUCGUCCGUUCGUUAUGGCUUACAUGUCGGCCUCCUUUGGGUUGUUGAUUUUUAUUUCCCUUUUUCUUUUUUUAAGACAAUGGUUAUGAUGUUGAUGAUGAAUCGGUUUUUGGUCUUGCUUCUUGGAUGCUCAUUGUUUUUUUUAUUUUUAUUAAAGCCAUAUUCUUCGCUUUGAGGAUUUUGAGGGCUUUGCUCACGCGGCCACCUGGAAUCUGAUUUUUGCAUUUUUCUCUUAAAUGUAAUUCCGCCCAAAAAUCUGGACAUCUUAAAAAAGUCCUGCAACCAUAUUUUCUCAGCCAGCUUCUCACUUUUAUAAUGACAGCAUCAUUAUUUAGUACAGGGGGUGAAUCUCAAACCUGGCACCAUUAAAGUACUAAAUGCUGUUAGCCGCUCCUGUUAGCAGUGGACCCACAGAAGCUUCCACUGGAGACUCUGAUACUGAAGAAAACUUAAAGAUUCUCAGGCAGGAUGUGCAGCCAGAAGGAGCAGCUUCUUUCUGUGAUUUCUAAGCAGAUUUCUGGAUCUUUAUUAAUGAUGGACUUUGAUAUAAUUACAGGUGUAAGUCACUGAAUCUAAAAAUGUGUGUUGUGUCGUGUCUGUUCAGAGUUGACGGAGUUAUGACUCCAAGCAGGAGUGCAAUUUGUUUUAAAGUUACAGGAAACUUUAAAAUGUGAAUUUGUGGCUAAUAGGUAUUAAUAACAUAUUGUCUCAGCAUCAUCUCUGUAUCGUCUUUGGGUUUCCAGCUCUGUUUCAUCAAUAGCCAAAAAGGUUCAGGAGUGUUGCAGGUGAAUCAUGAACAUUUAGUGAAACUCCCGCAGAGCUGAUUCCAGGUGACAAUGGAAAGAGGAGAGUAUUUUUGUGCUGCGCCUGAAUCAAUGUUUCCUGUAACUUAAAGUCUCUUACUCAUCGUCCAUCAGCUGUCACCGCUGCAGCGCCACCUGCUGCCCGUGUUGGUGAGCCGUCCAAUCAGCAGCCAAAUAACCUGUACUAACUUCCUGCACGCACCCGCCCCCUUUCAGUAUCUUUGCCUCACCUGUCUCCCUCCUCGGCGGGAGGCGGCUCACAGUUUGAAGACCUCUGUUCUAGAAACACACUGAAGAAUUGAAGCCAAGUUUUCCGGGGCUGCCAGGUUGCCUCUGAACGUGUCGUGUUCUCUUCGUCGCUUGACUGGGAAAGAGAUCUGAAGUCACCCGUUCCUCAGAAACUUGUUAUAAAUCUGAGCUGUGAACUUUUCAAAAAAAAACAUCAGAGAUUUAGCCUUCUGUUCAUCGGGUUUCUGACGCAUGCGAUUCCAAAAAUCUUCACUUCAGUCCCCCGACGUGGUAAAAAUCAGAUUCCUCGGCUGGGCGUGAACACAAAGCCCCCCUCAAAAAAAACUUUUUAAAAAAACAGGCGUGUUUCUAAAGGCCUUUUUGUUUGAACUGUUUGUGGUCCCAUGAUGAAAGCCUUCCCAUCCCAACAUGUGUGUUCCUUCUCCACAAGCAGCAAACACGAUGACUUCUCCAGUAUUUUGUAGGUGUACGAUGAUGAUGAUGAUGAUGAUGAUGACGACCCUUAACUGUGUUGUAGCACACUUAAAAAGAACCUCCUUGGGUCCAGACUUCACUGGAUUUGUGCUGAAUAUCUGGUGAUUUCAUGGACUACUGAUACAACUAAAAGGUGUUGAUGUCGAGGUUGUCAAUGCAUGCCUGAUAUGUUCGAUGUUGAAACAGAAUCAGAAAAAAAAAAGUUUAAAAUAAUGAAAUUUUCUCAACACAGUUGAUUCCACCUGUCUGCUCUGAAGUGUACUGUUUUUGAUUUUGAGUUUCUUUACCAUUGACCUCCACUGAUUCUUUCUCACACAGCAGAAUAUGGCUUUGAUUGUUUUUCUUAUUUUCCUGGAAACUACGGAAAAAGAUUAAUAUAUAUUUAAAAAAAACAAAAAUACUUGUAAGAAGAAGAGAAAAAAAAAAAGGAAGCAUGUAUGUUUUCUACUGUUUGUACUAGGUAUAUUCAUGUUGCCCUUGCUGCUUAUGUGCCAAUUGUUGUGGGAGAGAUUUACAUUUGGCCACUCAUGCAACUAUUCUGUGGUGUUGUCCAAGAAUGUAUCAACAUGAAAUAAAAAAACAUUUGGUUAUUUUUUUAUAUAUAUUCCCUGAGGACUCGCAGUUUGGUAGUCGUGUCUUACUCUUAAGAAAGCUUUUUCACUUGAAUUGCCUCGAGAAAGUAUUUGAUUUAAGUAAUUCCUCGUCGCACACGGACCUCCAUCAGAGAAUGUAGAAUAUCAAAAAUUCCUUUUCUUUGCUGUAAAUGAGAUUCAACAUGGUUCCUUUCGUGGAGAAAAUGGGCACUAAAGAAAAUCUGAGGUGCACGGCUGACUUUCAGAAAAUCAACUACUCAAUCUCAGUUCCUAAGAAGCUUGUUUCUCCGUUGAAUAUCAUCAAUAAAACACAAUCUACAGAUCCUGAAUGCACGGCACAGAUACCUCUGCAACGCUCACCUGGGCCUUGUGCUGUUAUAAAAAUCGUUGUGUCCUGCAUUGAGAUAAGUUGCUGUUGCAUGAGUAGAAUAAAUGAGCGGA